AUUGAAUUCAGUUUCAAAUCGGGCGGGCUUCCGGGUUCCGAUAUGUUUUUCUCACAAAGAAAUUAAAAAAAAAGAAAAGAAAAUCCAGGCGGCUUGCUGUCGGAGUUGACGGCUAACAAAAAUUCAUCCCACGCCCCCCCUUACGAAGAUUUCGAAGCUGCUCCUAGAAAACAGCCACAACAAACUCCCCCAAAACAAUAUCCCGAUUAGAGAAAAAAAAAGGAGGGAAGAUGGGCGUGAAGCAAGCUAUUAAAAAUCUGGAUGCGUUUCCUCGCGCGGAGGAACAUCUGCUGCAGAAGACGCAAUCGGGAGCAUUAGUGUCCAUCGUUGGUUUAGUGAUAAUGACCACGCUGUUCUUUCACGAGCUUACCUAUUAUCUUUCGACGUACACUGUUCAUCAGAUGUCUGUAGACUUGAAACGUGGAGAAACACUUCCAAUUCACAUUAAUAUGACAUUUCCUUCAUUACCUUGCGAUGUAUUAAGUGUAGACGCCAUUGACAUGUCAGGCAAGCAUGAAGUGGAUCUUGAUACUAACAUAUGGAAACUUCGCCUGAACAGUCAUGGUCAUAUCAUUGGCACUGAAUAUUUGUCUGACCUUGUGGAAAAGGAGCAUGCUGCUCACAAGCACGAUGAUGAAAAUGAACAUCAUGAUGAUGCUGACAAGAAGCUUCAUGCACUUGGCUUCAAUGAAGAAGCUGAAAAUAUGAUCAAGAAGGUGAAGAAAGCAUUGGACAAUGGAGAAGGAUGCCGGGUUUAUGGGGUAUUAGAUGUCCAAAGGGUGGCUGGAAACUUUCACAUCUCCGUUCAUGGGUUAAACAUUUAUGUUGCUCAAAUGAUCUUUGGAGGAGCAACGCAUGUCAAUGUAAGUCAUAUGAUUCAUGAUUUAUCAUUCGGGCCAAAAUAUCCAGGACUCCACAACCCGCUUGAUGGUACGGUGCGGAUUUUGCAUGAAACAAGUGGAACAUUCAAGUAUUACAUAAAGAUUGUCCCUACCGAGUACAGAUAUAUCUGGAAAGAAGUUUUGCCUACAAAUCAGUUUUCUGCCUCUGAAUACUUUUCCCCUAUGAAGGAGUAUGAUAGGAGUUGGCCAGCUGUUUACUUUUUGUAUGAUUUGUCACCAAUCACUGUGACAAUAAAAGAAGAGCGCCGAAGCUUUCUCCAUUUUAUCACUCGACUUUGUGCUGUAUUGGGAGGGACAUUCGCUUUAACAGGAAUGCUAGAUCGUUGGAUGUAUAGGCUUAUUGAAGAAGUGACUAAAGCAAGCGGUACGCGUGCAUAUCGGUAGAAGAGUUUGGGUUCAGUCCAGAGUGCAAGAACAACAGCAACUCACAUCUAAUGUGUCUCGAUGUCUCAAAAAAAUCAAUUAUAAUGCAGAGUGAUUAUAGACAGAAGAAUAUAUAUAUAUAUAUAUAUACCCCGCUGGUACUCUAUGGUUGUUGCUGUGGCUUUCCUUAAUUAUUCAAUGCUGUGUUGGGUCGGAUAUAAUGGGAAUUAUGAUUUCUUUUAAGUUGUAUCAUUUUUGUAAUCCUAAAAUCAAAAGGAACAAGAAAGAGAGAAAAAAGGGGUUUUGGACUGGCUAUUAUGCACACCUCUUAUGUUUGAUUUUUAUGACCAAAAUUUAUCAUUGUCUCACUUA